UUUACUGGGCCACGAGCUGCCGAGCAAUGAGCUCAGUUCCCCCUUCGCGUGCGCCGGGAUGGGUGGAGGCGCUCUAGCUCAGCAGCCAAUGACAACCCGCUUCCGCUAGCGCCCCACAUGCUUCCAGAAUAAAAAGCACCGGGAAGCGCACGCUGUAGCUGAGAUAACUCACUCUGCACCAGCGCGCCGGAGGCUCCCCUUGGCCGGUACGGUACUACCUGCUCCUUUUGCUUCUCUGGGAGGGCUCAAAGCCGGCACGCUCGUAUUUCGGGCCCGCCUUCUGUGGGGGACAAGCGUGAAUCAUCCCCGCUAGCAGAGCUUAGGCAGGGCGGGUGGUGGAGAAACCGCCGGAAGGACGAGCUUUUUCUUCUGUUUCUGAAAUCUGGAAGUGAAGCUUGGGGAGGGAGGCGGAAGCGCGCUUUCCUCGCUUUGGGAGAAGAAGCUCGACCCACGCCCCUAGACAGGCAGAGAGAAAGCACUCCCUGUGCGCCCCGGACGGUCCGAUCCCGGGUUUCCACUCACCCCCUUCCCAGCGCGCGGCUGAUGUGCACGAAGAUGGAGCAGCCUUUCUAUCCUGACUCCUUUCUCUCCGGCUACGGGCAGGACUACAAGACGCUGAAGCCGGGUAUGGCUUUGAACCUGUCGGUCGAGCCUUUCCGCAGCCUGAAGUCCCAGCUCCCACAUCAUCUCCGCGGCCAAGACGACGGCCCCACGGGUUACUUCCCAAGCUCCCUUCAGCAGCCACAGGCCGAGAACGGUAGCUCUUCGCUCAAACUGGCUGCCCCGGAGCUGGAGCGCCUCAUCAUCCAGAACAGUAACGGCGUGAUCACCACCACUCCCACGCCGCCGGGCCAGUACUACUACCCGCGGGGAGCCACCGAGGAGCAGGAGGGCUUCGCCGACGGCUUUGUCAAGGCGCUGGACGAUCUGCACAAGAUGAACCACAUGCCGCCCCCCAACGUCUCGAUCGGGGCGGUGGCGGCGGCUUCCUCGGCCAGCAGUGGCUACGGUGCCUCCCUCCCGCAGGAGCCGCCUCCUGUCUACACCAACCUGACCAGCUACAACCCCGCCGGCUCCUUGAGCAGCUCUUCCAGCUUUCCCAGCGCCAACCUCAGCUACUUGCCGCAGCCUCACGCCCUAAGCUUGCCCCACCCGUCCCGGGGCUUCAAAGAGGAGCCCCAGACGGUGCCGGAUGUGCAGAGCCCGCCCGUGUCUCCUAUUAACAUGGAAGACCAGGAGCGCAUCAAGGUGGAGAGGAAGCGGCUGCGCAACCGCUUGGCAGCCACCAAGUGUCGGAAGAGGAAGCUGGAGCGCAUCGCUCGGCUGGAGGAGAAGGUGAAGACCUUGAAGAGCGAGAACGCGGGACUGUCCAACACGGCCAGCGCGCUGCGGGACCAGGUAGCGCAACUAAAGCAGAAAGUCAUGAACCACGUGAAUAACGGCUGCCAGCUUCUCCUGACGACCAAGAUGCAACAGUCCUUCUGAUCCUGGGUGGUGGGACCACACCGAUUCCUGCCGUUUCAGAGACCUUUUGGGUUGGGAGAGGGAAAGAGGCGAACUCGUCGCACAAAAGUUUACACGGAACCGGAUUGACGCGCCGAGUUUCCAACUCUUCUGUUCUGAAGUUCUGUUUUCCAAGUUGCUAUGUUUGUGACUCUCAAUCUGGUGGAUCCAGAACUCCAGUCUGUGCUAAGUGUGUAAGAAUUUUUUAUAUGUGUGUGUGCGUGCGUGUGUGUAUUUAAAAGCAAAAACCUUUUCUCUGCUGCGUCGCUGGAUGGUGCAGUGGGGCUGGAGGUACUCUGGACAGAGCCAAAAACUGGCCCUUUGGUCUCUUCCUUGUGCCAGUAGAAAAAGAUGUCUGCUUAAUUUAUAAUUGAAACAAAAGGGACCAGAACAGAGAUCAACAGGGAAGAGAUGGAAUCUCAGCACCUCUCUUCCUCCAACAGGCCAAUGCAUGGACAAAAGGGUCAUUGUGGAGGGAGAGGGGGUUGUUUACUACUACUUGUGCUCCCAUUUCUUUUUGAGUCCUUAAAUUCAGUUUCUUCAAAAGAUUGUAUUUGUGUUUUUGACUUUUUAUUGAAACUAUUUAAGUAAACAUGUUCGAACUAC